ACGGUUGAUAGCCGUACCAUUGGAGUAAUAUCCAUAAAGACACAAAACAACGCAGAUUUCAAAAAGGCAGAACCGAUGAGUUGGGGGAAUGAAACUAUAUGUGACUUUCUUGAAGGUAAAAAGAAGAAUGAAUUGUUAAAAAAACACCCCAACAUGUUCUGCAAAGAAGAUGAGAAGACCCUACAGUGUACCUCUGACCGUUUUGCCCUUGGAAUGUGCUUAACGAAGGAAAACUUUGAAAGGUUACCUGACGAAUACCGUCAUUUCAAUGGCAAAGAAUUAGAGCUGAAAGAUGACUUGAUGGAUGGUUACACGGUCAUCAAACCCUUGGAGAGCACUGCCUGUGAGGAUGGUAAUGAGACUCUGUUGCCUGGCAGUCUUCUGAGCAAUACGUCACGAUGUUUGAACGCUGAGGGUGUCGUACUACGUGAUUCAAACGGCCACAGAAGCCUCAACAUUGCUGGCGUUUGUGCGAAAGUGAAGUGUGAUAAUAAGGAGGAGAAGGUACUUGUGCAGUACAAGGGCCAGAGUGACACUGCUUGGCAUGUGUGCCGAAAUGAUGACGAUAAAAUUGAACUGAAGGGUUCAGUGUUCAGCAGUGGUACUAUUAAGUGUCCCAAUUUCAAAGAAGUCUGCACAGGGUUGCCAAAAACCAAACCUCUCACCAUUAAGUUGUACACUGGCGAGGAUCUAGAGGCAAGCGACGUUGUUGUGAAUGACGACGAUGAAGAAACAGUAACAGCGACUCACAUCGAUGAUCGCACUCAAGCUGAAUCUGAUAAACGUGAAAAUGGCGUACCCGGUGCGGGAUCCACUGGACUGGAGAACAAGGACAAAACACCGGAAAGCACAGAAAGAGGAAAAGAUCGGAACGGCAGUGUGACCACUGUGGGUGGAGUGAGCAGCAGUACUGGAAGUGGUGGCACGAGCAGUACGGAACCAAUUAAAGAGGACGAGUCUAAUGCUGCUGUUGCUCGGCCCGGCCACAACUCAUCUUCUUCUCUCCCUGCUGCUGAUGCUUCAUCCACAUCUAAUCCCACCAGCGAUGGCAACACAAUACAGUCCACCAACACUGUUGAUGUUCGGCCCUCUCACAAAAUAAAUAACACUGUUUUGAACGGGACAAAAUUUACUGAGGACCAAAUGAAAGAAACACUAAAUCAUACAAAUGUAAUGGGUGCGUUGGGUCCUGACAGCAGCAUCAUGGUCUCCUACACGGCCCCUUUUGCACUUCUUGUGUGUGUUGUUGGUUUUGUGAUGGUUCCAUGA